UUUUGGCAGGAAUACCUUCCUGUAUACAACUUAAGCAACACCCUUCUGUUUUUUUUUGUUUGUUUGUUUGUUUUUUUUUUUUUUUAUUUAGGAUCGAGUCCCGUAUCUUACAAAAAAAACAACAUCUGCUUGCGUUUCUAACAUAUACAUUUGCAUAACGAGUUCGCAGCAAUCAAUCAAAAAAUAAAUAAAUAAAUAAAAAGGACACGAAUCUGAUUAGUUGCAGUGGAUAGAGAAGCAAAGCAGGCUUGGGUUGUCAGGAGCUUUUAUUUUGCUUGAGUGGGGCGUGUACUCCGCUCAGCACAAGAGACAACUCUUAAAAUAUUUUGGCAGCGUGCUUUUAUUAUAGGACCGAGUUUGUCAAAACAACUUUUGAAGUGAAAAAAAAGUACUUUUGAAGAAGGUAUAUCUCUAUCUCUAUAUGUAUUAUAUAUAAUUGACAUUCAGUACUGAGAAUCGAAACAAGACCGACUGGUGGUUUUUGUUAUAUACCCGUGGCCACUGCAGCCUUCCUUACCAGCAGAGAACCUAUUUUCGUCUCUUUGUGCACAUACAGCGGCAAUGCUACGGAUACUAAUUUGACAACUCGUUUGGAGUGACUUGAUCUCGCGUUUUCUGCUGAGUGGUGUUGAAGAAAUGGCGUAGAAUCGCCCCGUGUCAGAAAUAAAAUAAAAUAAAGAUAUGAUUGCACCAGUUGAAACUAAUGGAUGAGAGUACAGAGUUUUAAUGGAGUUGAGAGUCUGAAACUUGCAGGGUUUUGUGACAGAGGAGGAGAUACAGCUUUCAGGGGUGGAGUAAACACAAUGUCAACUUCCACAGAAUCCACAGUGGCUCAAGUGAGCGCCAGUAUAUACACAGUUGCCAGUGACAUUUCAAAUGGAGUAGGAAGCCAUGCCCCCCAGAGGGAGCUUAUGACAGCUGUUUCUGCCUCCAUGGGACUUUGCAUGGAGGACAUAGAUUCAAAAGUGAUGGGGAGCAACUUUGGAAUUCAGCAGCCACAAACCCCAGGCAGUUUAACUUUAGGGGAAACCAACUUCACUCUAUUGGAAGAGAGCAUCGCAAACCUAAACAGGUCCUCCGGCGGUAUCGAUUCACUGAGCACUGGAUCUGAACCGUUUUCGUUGAAAUCUGAGGAUUAUUUGCCCGUGGAUAAGAGCAUUCUGGCUCUGGACCAGGAUUCCUUUUCACAGGUUGGGAAAGACUCCAGUAUCAGCCCAGGGUUCUUUAAUGAUGACCAAAACACGCUUGACCUCUUGCAGGAGUAUGAUUUGCCCAUCUCUCCGAAGGGGGAGAUGAACAGGAGCCCUUGGAACUUAAAUGCUUUCUAUGGUGAGGAUGAUGACGCUUUGCUUUCCCCGCUGGCCACAGAGGACCCCUUUCUUGCGGAUAUAACUAAAGACACCAAACCAACAAUAAUAAACAGUAGCUUAAUAACUAAUAACAAAAAGAACGGGGAUCGACAGCUAUUUAACCCCCCUGUCCCCACUAUAAAAUUGGAGAAAGAGAGCUUCAUUGAGUUGUCCACACCUGGAGUGAUAAAGCAGGAGAAUGCAAGCAGGAGCUACUGUCAGAUGAGUGGCUCUUCUUCUGACAUGUCAAGCCCUCUUGCUGUCCCCAUUUCUAUUUGUGGGGUCAGCACCUCAAGCGGACAGACAUACCACUAUGGAGUGAGUACCUCUCAGGAUCAGAAGCCUGUUUUUAAUAUGUACCCACCUCUCACUACCGUGGUUGAUGGGUGGAAUAGGAGCCAAGGAUUUGGGGAAGCUACUGUGACCAAGACGGGGAAUGAAACCUUUUCAGUCCAGGGUUUGCCUACUCCCAACUACCUAAGCCCUACGAGUCGGCACAAUGCUGGUUCUUCUUCGGCAGCCUCCACCAAGUCUACUCACAAGACCUGUCUUGUGUGCUCGGAUGAAGCUUCUGGGUGCCAUUAUGGGGUCCUUACAUGUGGGAGCUGCAAAGUGUUCUUUAAAAGGGCAGUAGAAGGAUGGAGGGCUCGGCAAAACAUGGAUGGACAAAACAAUUAUUUGUGCGCUGGGAGAAAUGACUGCAUCAUUGACAAGAUUCGCAGGAAAAACUGCCCUGCCUGCCGGUUUCGGAAGUGCCUGCAGGCAGGGAUGAACUUAGAAGCACGGAAAACAAAAAAGCUCAACAAAUUAAAGGGAAUUCAGACGCCCUUUGAGCAAGCAACACCGUUACCAGAUGAGCAGGCACAGGCUUUGGUUCCCAAAUCGAUGCCACAGCUAACGCCAACCAUGCUGUCACUCUUGGAGGCCAUCGAGCCAGAAGUUAUCUACUCAGGAUACGACAGUACCAUCCCUGACACGUCCACACGCCUUAUGAGCACACUGAACAGGCUAGGGGGAAGACAAGUGGUAGCUGCAGUAAAGUGGGCAAAGUCAUUACCAGGGUUUAGAAGCCUGCACCUUGAUGAUCAAAUGACCCUGCUACAGUAUUCCUGGCUGUUUCUCAUGUCUUUUAGUCUGGGUUGGAGAUCCUACAAGCAGUCCGCUGGAAGCAUGUUGUGUUUUGCACCAGACUUAGUCAUAAACGAGGAGAGAAUGAAGCUCCCUUACAUGUUUGAACAGUGUGAACAAAUGCUGAAGAUUUCAAACGAGUUAGUACGACUUGAGCUUUCAUAUGAGGAAUACCUCUGCAUGAAGGUUCUGUUGCUGCUUAGUUCAGUUCCUAAAGAAGGCCUGAAGAGCCAAGGUGUAUUUGAUGAGAUCCGCAUGACCUACAUAAAGGAGCUUGGAAAAGCCAUCGUCAAGAGAGAGGAAAACUCCAGUCAAAACUGGCAGAGGUUUUACCAGCUGACAAAACUCCUAGACUCGAUGCAUGAAUUGGUUGGUGGACUUUUAAAUUUCUGCUUCUACACGUUUGUGAACAAAUCACUCAGUGUGGAGUUUCCUGAGAUGUUGGCUGAAAUGAUCAGCAACCAGUUACCAAAAUUCAAAGACGGGAGUGUCAAGUCACUUCUUUUUCAUCAAAAAUGACUGCCUUACAACAUGAAAAAUUGCCUUAAAUGAUCUGUGCUUAUUGUUUCUAUCCCUCAAACUGUCAUGCUUGGAGUAUAAUUGUUUAGGCACAGUAUGCACUACAUGAGGUUUACAGAUGGUCAGUUUGGGUCAGAUGAUCAGCACUUAGAAAAAAUAAUAAUUCAUUAUAUGGUGAUUUUACUUUUAAACUGCUGGAAUGUUUAAUUGGCCAGAAAAAAAGAAAACAUUGUACUUUUUUCUUUCUUUUCAUUUUUUUAAAUGACUAUUUUGUAUAGUUAAACUACAGUAUAAGAUUUAAUUGUAUGCAUGCAAACUGAUAGAAGUUUACAAUUGUAUAUCAGAAAAGGGAAAAGCUGUGCUUUUUUUUUCUUUUUUUUUUUUUUUUUAAAGCUUAUGCCGUCCUGAUGUUAGCAAUUUUUGUAACAGUCGACUGUCGGUAUGUUGCACACAGAGGGUUAUGCUUGCUUUCCUUAUUUGUAUGGGACUUUUUGUAUAUUACUUUUAGAGAUGAUUUACCUUUUGUUUUAAAUCCGUCUUGGUUUCUUUUGAAGUGGGGCAGCUGGAGAUCUGAAAUAAGUGAUUGAUUGUUACAAAAGAUGUGAAAAACUGUUUUCCCGUGCUGCUUUGGGAUGUUUUGUUUACCCGGGUUUGAUUCCCCCACCGCCACCCUGAUUUUUGCAGAUCCUAUCAUUGCAUUGUAUUCUAUAGCCAUGAGUCUAAAAAUGUUUUGAUCCCAUAUUCGUUGUACAACACAUGAUGAUAAAUUAAGCAAAAAUCAAUGCGUGUUGGAUGAUUUUAAAGCUGAUUUUAAAUGCAGUUUCAAUGUUACUGCACCCCCUUAGUGCUGUCUAGGCUGGCGGUUCUGCUUUUAUUUUUUUUAUAUCAUUGUUUUUUAUCGCAUGCUGUCAAAGUUUUGUAAUUCGCAGCAUCUGUUUUCUCUUCACCACCUAAGGCAAUUUUGCCUUUUAUAAAUGUAUCUUAUCCCUCACAGCUUUAUUACCCAGCAGCCCUAUGUUGGCUAAUGUGUUAUUAUCACUGAGAUUCUUAACACAUUGGCAUGUUUAUUCCAGUUAAGCCUGAUUCCCUUACUGUUUAAUUGGUAAUUUGUUGAAUGUCAGUCCAUUUUUAGUAAUUGAAUGAAGGGGAUAUAUAUAUAUAAAAAAAAAAAUAAUACAGCGAUUGUGAUGCUGUGAAUUGAUAUAUCAACUGCAGUACAGUGUUACUGUUAACGUAUUAGUAAGUAUUUUAAGUAUCUUAUGAAGGCAAUUUACACCCAUUACUUGAGCGUAUAAUGAAUGUUAGUGAAAGUUCUCUAAAGAUCAAACUGGGGGAAAAUAAGUAUGAAGCUUAUUAAUAUCAAAGAGCAGACAAAUGAUUGUAGCCUGUUGUUUUAAAUUGUGCUACCUAUCUUACUGGUAUGUCCUGUUUAAACAUCAGUGUAUUCAUACAGCUAGCUGCAACAUGUUACCAGACAGGUCUGUCUGUACAAUCACCUUAGUAUUUCCCACAGUUUUUCACACAUGCAUUGCUCUUGCUCAAGUUCUGUAUUGGAGAAGAGAUAAGUGUUCAAGUCCUCUAUUGUUGGUGGUUUGCUAGAUUGAUUUCUGUAAUAAGUACAGGGGUCCAGUUUGGUUUGGACUGGUCACAAUUCAUCCCUCCCUUUUAAAAUCUCGUGCCAUACAGUUUGUUACUUUUUUAAAUUUGUGUCAAACUGUACUUGUCUUAAGAGACUGCUUUUGUUAAAAUAACUCUGAAGGCUGCAGAACCCCCUUCAGCCUUUAAAUAACGCUCUCUCUGUUAACAGCUCACAAAAAAAUAAGGCAGUCACAUGAUCAAAAGGUAUGGAAAUCCGCAUUGCAAAACAGAAUAGAUUGUAUUCAUUUCAACAGUUUGGACUCUUGUUGCACCAGCUUACAGACGUAUGUAGUUUAGACGUUGUAAUCUCAUCACCGUCAUGAAAAGCAUAAUAUACAAAAUGAAAUAACCAGCAUGUUUUCACGUUUAUUCACAGUAUAUGUUCCAUACGUUUUUAUAUUAAUUACUAGAUCUGCGAUGUGCUAGAGGGGACUCUGCAGCUUUUCACAGUAUAAAGAUAAAUGAAUGUAUGAUAUGAUUGUACAGUGUAAAGCUGAAUGUAAUUAUUUUUUAUUGAACUUUUUCAGAAAAUAUAUAUAUUAUAAACCAGA